AUGACGUUGGCACGCGCACUGAGGGCCUGGACAGCUCCCAUGGCGCAGGUGCAUCGCCCACGCGACGGCAUUCGUGGGUUGGUGGCGAAACGACGGUUUCAACGAGGCGAUCUGCUGAUGGAUGUGCCGCUGCGUUACUGCUACCUCCCACAUGCCUCGCGUGACCCCCGACGACUACGACGUUGGAACCGGUCCGCACUUUUCCCAGAAGCUCAGUUCUGGCUGCGGCGGCUCUCUCCCGAUGCGCCAGACGAAGGCGUCUCCCUAACCGCCUCUGUCUCGACAGAAGACAAAAAGGUGAUCACGCUCACCCUCUCGCCUGUGGAAGCCUCAGUGGCCGUUUCGGCGGCACUUCGGUACUUUUGGCGGAAGGUUGUUUUGCUGAAGAACCGAGAGGGCGUCGGCAGGCCCCCGCUGGGUCCACCGAAUUUUCAUCCGGCGGAUCUGUAUCUUCACGCUCUUCCCAUAGAAAAGUAUUUGUCGUAUGGCUUGGAGGGACCGUACUUUUCUGACGUCGAGGAGGAAGCCAAUGUCCACUCCAACAUCGAACAGAUUGCAUGGAAUCUGCGGGAUUGCAUACUUUCUUGUGCCCCGCAGGAAGAGUACGCUUUUUACGACGCACAUCCGUCGGAAUUGGAUGCGACGCUGCUUGCGGCAAUCUAUGUUCUGCGUGCACGCUUGUUGCGGAUGGCAGCUGUUUUUGGGGAUGACCAGGCCUCUGAUCGUGUAACAUCUGUCAUUGCACCUAUCGUGGAUUUUUUGAACCACGCUUCAGUCGGCCAUAAUUGCGCCGCCUGUGUGAGCAUCCCACGGCGCGCCGUUGUGGUUCGAGCAGUCAGGGACAUUGGCGUCGGCGAGGAGCUGACGCUCGACUACCGUGGUCGAGGUCAGUUGCGACGAGGUGCAACUCAAAACUCUUGGGGAAAGUCGGGCGCCGAAGAAGCGGAGGAGAGCGAGAACUGGUGGGAGUCGCGAUACCUCUUCUCCGCCAAGGAGGCAUAG